AUGGACACUUUAGGAUGGAGUAAGGACCACAAUUGGGCUUACAUGCCCAAGUUGGUACUGGUGAAGAUUUUCGCUUACCUGCCAUGGCGGGAUCGUGCUCACGCUGCACUUGUCUGUAAACGGUGGCUUAAUGCAUUUUGUUCUCCUGAAGUUUGGCGCGCAUUCACCUAUCAUCCACCAGCUCAAGGGUUACCGAGGCUGCAGUAUGAUCUGAAAACCUAUUACCUUAGCAAAGGAAUUCGCAACAUCGGUUGGCACAUCCAGUACCUUCGCUUUCCCGAGACAGGUGACUAUUUCAUGCUUAACCGCGUGCUCUCCUUGAUCGCGGAGUUUUUCGAAGCCCAUCCUAGCCCACACAAAUUCUCGGCCAACUCGGUUGUCUCAACGGAGAUUCUCUUCCCCGCUUUGGCUGCUCUAGAGGCUGCUCUAUCACCCUCGUCCUCCUCUUCCUCUCUCUCCCCACCGGAACACCGAAAAUCAUCUCUUGCUUCUCCUGCAGCGGCUAUAGACCAUUCGAACGAGGAGACAGAGAAGUCGGCUCAACAAGAAGUGACGGAGAAGAUUCCCUUGAGUAUGCUUGCUGAGGCUGUUUUUGGCGACCCGGAUUUAGAAAAUUCGAUAAAGCUCGCCAUGAAGCUUCAGCAGAGAGAGUAUGAACGUGACUCGUCUUCAUCGGACUCAAGCAGUUCCUUGGAGAGUGGGAUUGGCAUCAGUUCUCACUCGCGCACCGACGCGUCCUUGCAGCUCUCAAGCUCGGUGCCGAUCCGCUUCCAGUUUCGCAGUGUCUCCACCACCACACCGCCAUCAACGUCGGCGAUGACGGGCGCGGGUCAGGCAGGUACACGGGGUCGUCGGUACCAGCGCAGCGUGAGUUGCAAGUUUCCCUGCACUUAUAAGCGACUGCCCUACCCUCCGGACACCUCCAAUCUUCCGCCACCCUGUGUGCGAGCAUUCUCCCUUGAUUUUCACGCCGAAUUUGACGAGGCCUCGGGCGUCGUCUAUGGAAGCGGCGGCGCACUCUUCGCUACCAUCGUUCGUGUCCUCUCCCAACUCAAGUGUCUCCGUGCUCUCUAUCUUCGCAACCUCUUUCUCUCCCAGUCCGACGCUCGCCAACUUCUAAUCGAGGUCUCCACCGUCGCCGGUCCCACAUUGGAGAGGGCCAGUCUCUUGCACGUAUGCAAAAUCACUCAUGAGCGUCCGGCGCAAGAAACAACCAGUCAGAGCGAAGUCCCCAUUCAAGGCCGCUUCGAUCUUGCCUCGACCACGGCUGCCGACACCUCCCACGACGAUGAUCGAUAUUGGUAUCUGCGUGACCCACGAUGGUUAGGUGCGAGGCCCCGUCUGCUGGGCUGGAAUCCGCUGGCCGACCUUUUCGCCCUCUUUCCCAACCUCAGCCGCCUGGAGAUCGCCCUGACUCAACUCACUGGACCCAUGCUCCUACGUCUCAUCUACCAGACACAACUCUCCGUACUCAUAUUGACUCAGACGGAUUUAUCACCACGUUGGAUGGAAUACAUCCACGGGGAGGGGUUGGUGACACUACAGAGCGUGGAGGGGAGCCACAGUGGCAUGGAAGUGAGAACAAAGCAUACCACCGAUGAAUACUACGUUGAUUGGGGCGCGGACGUGCCAAUAGCGCGUCAUGGCGCGCCGCCGGAGCAUCGUAGCGCGACGCUUGGCGGCACUGCCGACUUCUGGCGGCCCGUAGCGUCCGAAUUCUGGCACCAGGCGGUAUGCAUGCGGCCCACACUGCGCGUCCACGUGCGCCUCCGCUUCCUGUACUCCCGCGCCUCAUCUGACCUCUGCGUUCUCGCUCUCCCCGCUCUUCCUGCGCCUCUUGUUUCCAUCGUCUGUGUCUUCGGAUCCGGAGACCAGACUGCCACCUACAGGCUCUUUGAACGCUCCAUCCCUUCCAUCACUCAGUACGCCAGUACCCUCACUGACAUUGUCCUUCUUACCGAGUUGGACCUGGGAGCAGUGGAGACCGAGGAGAGGGAGAAGGAGCAGAUGGCUCGUCUAAGUGGAAGGCGUCUUUGCUUCAGUUAUCAAAGCCGUCAAAAAGGGCCUCAAAUCACCUCGACGCAGGACAUUUUGCCACAGCCACUGGACGAUCAGUUACUGCGCCUUCUCUCUGCAUGUCCAAAUGUCUCCUCUCUGAGCAUUGGCGGACGACUCCUCAACAUUCAUCUUACCACGGCCAGCCAAAUCUGCCGACUCCUCGUGAAGGCGGCUCGUGCCAGGCCGAGGAGCGGUGGGCAUGCGCAGAAACCCCCUCCUCCGGUGUUGCACUUCGACGUGGGCUCGAUACGCCUUAGCGGACCCAUCCCGCAGUCCGCGACUGAGCGCGACUCCAGUGUAUUUCUCGAGCUGAUGCGCGACUGUCGGGGCAAGGAGGUGGAAUUACUUGUAGCGAAGGAGCGCGCUGCAGAAUGUCUAAUUGCUGCCGCCCUCGGCAGUCCGCGGUGGCACUUCAUGCAGACCGAUGAGUUUCGACGUCAUGUUUUAAACUAUGCUGCUGUCUAG